UGAAGUUUGGUCUGCGCUAGCUCUCGAGGGAUAAAAACAACCACAUUUACAGAAGCAGAACAUCAAUCAACUUGUUUUCUUCUCGUGACUAAUCUUGUUUACUUAAAUCAUUGUAAUUGAGAUGGGAAGGCGGAGAGAAGACGAUCACUCUGGAGGAACACACACAAACAUGGAGGAAGACAAUAAAGAUUCUUCAAGCAGUCCUUACAAGAAACACAAGAAGCACAAACACAAGAAACACAAGCACAAGAGAUCAAGAAGCGACUACAGUCCGCUUCAUAGCCCCGAACCAUUCCUAUCAUCAGAGGCUGUCAUGAGCGACUCGUCUGGCAAACCACAGCUCAAAUUGAAGAUCAAGAUUGGCGGCCAGACUCUAGGGACUAAAAGCUACGACAGAGUUAUUUCACCACACUUCACAAGUGAAGAAGAGGAAGAAGAAGAAGAAGAGGAGGAGGUGGAGGAGGAAGUUGAAGAUGAGGCUGAGGAGAUUGAAGAUGAGGCCGAGGAGGAAAAUGACGUGGAUGAUGAGCCAGUUGAUGUCGUCCAAGAAGAAGAUGAUGAUGAAGAAGAAGAAAGAUUCACUCCAUGGCAAGAUCAAACACCACCAGCAUCUCAACAUGGAUCGGAGAAUCCCGAUGAGGACGAGGCGUGGCUUGAUGCGCUGGAGGCAGGGCAAUUAGAUGCUUAUGGUGAAAUCAAGCGAGUCAAAGAUCCAUCCUUACUUACAGCAAGACAGAGAGCAAUGUUACAUGGAAUGUCCGCUGAAGAAGAGAAGCAACUACUGCAGCUCCCUAGCGGUGCUAAACCACUGGAGAUGACUGAAGAGAUGCUGGAGAAGAAAGCUGAGAAGGCUCAGAAGAGGCGAGCACAGGCGCACAAGAAGGUGGAAGAGCACAAAAAACAAACGAUAGCAAGACUCCUGAAGAAACAGGACAGCAAGCUGAAAGGAAUGAGGGCAAGAUUAAGACGUGGAGCUGAUGCACCCAGGAUUCAUUAUGUCAGCAACGUACACAGAAUCACCAUUUCAUUCCCACCAGGGAGGCAGUACCCACUUGAGAGACAAUCUGCACAGCCCCCUAAGCCGGUAGCUUUAUGUGGAUCAUCAGGAUGUAGCAAUCCCAAGAGGUAUUCCUGCUCCAAGACCGGAGUUCCACUCUGCAGCUUAGAAUGCUACAAGAAGAACCUACUAACCCAUCAGCCAGUUACUUGUGCAUCAUGAAUACAUUGGGGCACUGUCUAGCUCCUGCACCAUCGAUUGAGGUGUUCCACGCUGUAAAGCAUUAUUCUAAAAGAACCAGUCUUGUUUCUUGACACAACACUAUGGCCAAGUUUGAAGAAUGGAGAGAAUUUGGCCAUGGAUGCGCGCAUUGGCUGCAGUGGCAACAUUGAAGAACAGGACUUUUUGGCCUAUUGGACUAAGCCAUUAAUCACAGUUGGUUUGUGCAAUUCACAAUCAUAGACGUUAAACCUAUGUUUGUAUGAGCGAGAUCAUCUAAACAAACAACUUUGACACAGCCUAAAUCUGUUUCCGGUGUCCAUAUAGGGGUUUUGUCCCCCAAACGGUUAUUUAGCAUGGGCUUCGAAGAUGUUUCAAAAGAGGUUGCUUUUAGAUGAAAAUUCUUAACAUUUCUCCCUAUGGGGGACGAGACGAUGGUUACUUUUCCUCAUAAGUACGUACAAGCAUAAAAAAAACUAGUAAGCACACUUACCUUUCCUUUUUUACAAAUUCUUCUUGUCAGUUACUUGUAGGUCUUGGCCGUAAUAUGCUUAUAUAUCAGGAGUGAGAAAUACCAUGGUUAUUUAAGAUAAGAACUUUACAAUGAACUUUAAAAUCAAAUAAAGUCUGUAAGUAAGUAGGAUUUGAAACUUUGCAUGG